AUGUCGAGCGGCGAACCUGUUCUCGGAAGUCUCUUUGUCUAUACGCCUAAUCAGGCAGCACCUAUUUUCUUCACUAUUGCCUUUGGUCUCUCUGCCAUCGCGCACAUUUGGCAAUGCGCUAAAUACCACAGCAUCAAGCUUGUCGGACUGCAUCCGCUGUGCGCCGUGUUAUUCACUGCCGGGUACGCUCUGCGAGAAUACGCAUCAACGAACGAGAACUACAUCUACAGCGACCGAAACCUCAUCAUCUAUAUUCUGAGCCAAGUUUUCAUAUUUGUCUGCCCUCCCCUUCUUGAGCUUGCCAACUAUCAUGUCCUCGGCCGAGUGCUAUACUAUGUUCCCUAUUACGCACCCAUGCCCCCCGGGAGGGUGUUGGCUACCUUUGGCGGCUUGAUGGCAUUGGUUGAAGUUCUGAACGCCGUUGGUGUAGCCCUGAACUCUAAUCCGUCGUCGGAUGAAUCACAGCAAAAGAUGGGAGGCCAUUUGAUAAUCGCUGCGAUCGUGAUCCAGAUUGUCGUCAUUCUCAUUUUCGUCGCCCUUGCUGGGACUUUCCACUUUCGCUGUAGCAAAGCCAAGUUGCACGCUAAGAAUGUCACUACCAUGCUCGCGGUGCUAUACACAAGCAUGGCACUCAUUUUUAUCCGUUGCCUCUACCGCCUCGUUGAGCACGUAGGAAACACGGCAAUUGAUAUUACUGACCUGGAUAAGUUGAGGGCUCUGAGUCCUCUUUUACGCUACGAAGUAUACUUUUACAUAUUCGAGGCUAGCGCUAUGCUAAUAAAUUCCGUUAUUUGGAAUGUUUGGCAUCCGGGUCGAGCGUUGCCCAGGAGCUCCCGCGUCCACUUGGCGGCAGAUGGUGUGACCGAGAUCACAGCUAGCAAACAAUCUGAUGACCGGCCGUUAUGGGCCAAAGUGUUGCAUAUAGCGACUUUUGGUCUUUUGUUCCGCCGGAAGAAGAAGAGUGCUUCGUUUCACGAACUUGAGAACUAUCGAGGUGGCUCCUAA